UUUGGUUGUCCAGCAAAUGAAACCAACACCACAUCAGCCAACUAUGGCUGUAACUAUCAGUUUGGUUGGGAUCGGAAUGCAAUUAUUUAUGUGGACAGGUCUCCCAUAUUAUGGUUAUUUCAAACAAGUGUUGCCGUCAUAUGUCUCGCAGAAGCCUUACUAUUAGCCUAUUUGUCAUACAAAGGAAAUGUAUUGCAAACACUUUUAUCGUUUCACUUUAUUUUGGAAAUCGUAAACAACGCGCCGUUUGUCGCCACAGUGAGAUACCAUCGUAUUUUCAUUCACAUAAAACUCGACGCGAACUCUGGAAAUACA